AUGAGUAACCUCCAAGCCCGCUCGCUGUUUCGGCCCAUCGUCCUCAUCGUAGCUCUCAUCUUCGUCCUCUCAACCUGGAAUCGCAGCGGUUCCUCCCGAGACACCAUGGCGGAAGAGAGCCAGCACGCCGGCGCGCUAUCCAAGCUCGCCCUCCGCAUCCGUCAGACGUCGGAAAAACCUCCCACCCUAUCCUUCUCCGUGGAAAACAAGCACGACGCCCCGCUGACCAUCCUCCGUUGGAAUACGCCCCUCGACCCCCUCGCCAUCCAGGUAGGCCUCGUCUCCAUCACGCCCGAGGGUAAGAGCGAGCCGAUCGAGGUCCACACUGUUCAGCUCCGCCGGAUCAUGCCGCCGCGCCCAGAGGACCUCGUCACCCUCCAGCCCGGUGAGAGCCAGGAGCAGGAGAUUGUCCUCAAGGAGCCCAUCGUGGCGCUCGAUUCGCUCGGCAAGACGGCACGGGUGGCUGUCAAGGGCAAGUGGCAGGUUGUUUGGCCCACGACGGCGGACAAGCUUAGCCAGGCAACGCUCGAGAAGUUGCAGUUUGGCGAAGGGGUCUUGACGGGUGAAUUUGAAAGUGAGACGAUCGAUGUCACGAUUGGUUAG